UAACAAUACACUUUUUCAUGUACUGUAUCCGAAAAUAGCAUUUACAUCUGUGGCUGUAUACAAAAGGUACAUAAAUACCACUUUACAAGUUUCUCAUCUCUAUAUUUUCAAACGCCCAUUAUGUCGCGUAGAGGCGGCAGAGGUGGUGGUGGUGGUGGUGGUGGUGGCCGAGGUGGACACGGUGGCGGCGGAGGGGGUGAUAAAAAAUCCGCGUUCUUCGAUUCGAUCCGAACGGAAAAUGUGAAGACCCUUUCCUGGUCGUUAAGAUAUGGAGGAUUUGAGCCCACACGACCGUACAAUGAUGACGACAUCCCACCGAUUCAUUUGGCGGUCCAUUACAGGAAGCUUCGGAGUUUGCGAACAAUCCUCGAAAGCAUAGAUCGCAUGCGUGAUAACAAAACGAUUGAGUACCGGGAUAUCAAUGAAAACCUUACGCCUCUACAGCUUGCUUGUAGACUAGGUUGGGCCGAUGGUGUCACACUGUUGCUGAACAAUGGUGCCGAUACCAAAGCUACCGACAAACGCGGACUGACUCCACGUCAAAUUGCUGAAAAGGCCGAAGGGGGCGCUAAGUGCGUGUCGCUCAUCGAUGAAUGGGAGAAAGACAGUGACGACGAGGGUCCCAAAAAGGAGACGGAAGCCGAGAAACGCAAGAAGGAGGUUCUCGCGGCUCAGCAGCAGCAGCGUGCGGAAGACUCAAAAGCAAAGGAGAACGCAGAUCUCGCUGCUAAAGACGCCUUCUACGAUGAUCUAGAGAAAACGAAGGAAGUCCAAGAAAGUGCUAGCGCGCUUGCAAAAUGGGAGGAGCUCAAGGUGGCACUUGCAGACUUGAAGAAAGAAGUUCACAUCGAUAAGUCAAAGGACGAGGAGAAUGGGAAAGCUAUCGACCCCACACUGUGGACUUGUGGAACUCUGACGCGUCUGAGUAUGACACUGAGCCCUGGAGCACUGACAUCCCUGCCUUCGGAUAUCAGCAAAUUGUCCAACCUUAAGGAACUGAUCUUGACGCAUAACGCUCUGGCUGCACUUCCCGAUGAAAUUGGCACUCUUGUACACCUGCGUGUAUUGGAAGUCGAGCAUAACGAGCUCACGAGCCUACCCGACAGUUUGAAGAACUGUACCAAAUUAGAGGUUGUGAUGCUGUCAAACAACAUGUUAGAAUCGCUGGCUCCUCUGUGCGGUGCCCCUGAUCUUCUCACGCUACAGGCCAACAACAACAACUUGACUCUGCUCGAUUUCCCUCUAGACGGUUGCCCUCGGUUAACUACUUUGCUGGUGGCCCAUAAUCAGCUGGAGUCCUUGCCCGCUGAGAUAGGCACAUUAUCGUUGUUAAAGAGCUUCGACGCAUCCCACAAUCAGCUUAAAGAACUCCCCAUCGAGAUGGGAGGAUUGAGCGAGAAGAAGAUGACUACAUUGCAACUAGAGGGUAACGCAUUCACCGAUCGCAACGUCAAGAAAAUCCUGGAGAAGAGCAGACAGCCCGCGAAAGAGCUUUUCAUGCACUUGCGAAAGCAGAAAGGGGGAGGCAAAAAGAAGAAAUAGUGUGUGCAAUCGGUUUGAGCAUAACCCCCGCUUGCAACGUAACGAGACGUUGCAGGUUAUAUUAGUGAUUUUCGGCUACUCACAGCAGUGUAGAACGAUGGAACAACGCUAGUGCUAUAAAAAUUGCAUACUAAAGUCUGAGGGUACUAAACUGGAGUGCGACACAACUGGAGGCCCACUUAACUUGACACUUCUGUACUGAUCUCGGGAUACUCAUACUUAAAUUAUUCCCAUAUUUGCGCGACCAAAUUUUGAAGUGCA